CUGUGUUUGUGUCGCGGCCUCGUCCAUUGAGAUGCGACAAUCGCAUCGGAGCAGUGUGUUCCGGGCUUAAUCUCUGCUCACUGCAGUUCAUUUAUGCGCGUCUAUUCGGUACAGUGUGGUAACUGCUCCAAAACUACACCCGCAAUAUUUUUAACGCAUGCGGAGCGGGGAGAGUGACGACUUCGUGAGACAGGCUCAGCGAGUAUCUGCGAGGAGUCCCCGAGUCACUAGGAUAAUGUGCGCAAAUGUCUGCCCAGAAACCUGUCGAACAGGUAGGCAGUAGCACCUGUUUUGGUUGUCAAGGCACUUUGCUGUAUCGGUGCGCGCGGCUCGGCGUCUUCACAAACUGACCACAUCACUGACAUUUCAGAGACGCUGUGGAUAUCAACAAAAUCAGGACGCGGUUAUCUUGUCAAGUUUUUACCACAAUUCCUACCUGGGUAGAUGGGCUAAAAAUAAAAGUGUGGAGUCCAUUUCCUGAAGAUCCCAGCACUGUCUGUGUGUUUUCCCUGGAAUCUGCAUCUCUUUUUAAAGGGAUCGACUCUCUUAAUGGAGUGGCGAGUUUAGCCCAAACUGCACCCCCGGAGGAGGCAUGCACACACGCAGUGACAGGGGGUGGUGUGGGGCGCCAUACACCACAGGGGUGCUAUUACACACCAUGCUGCACUAUACUGAACUAUAAUGAAACAAACUACGCCAAGCUGCACUUAACUAAACUAUACUGUACUGUACUACACUACACAAUCCUAACAGUCACUAUACUGACUGAAACUAUACUAACCUGCACUAAACGAAGCUAUGUUGAACUGUACUAUAUAUUACAAUAUAUACAGAAAUAAACAACACCAAACUACUAAAUUAUACCAUAGUAUACUGCACUGCACUAUACUGUAGUGUAUCAAACAAUACUACACUGCACUAUACUAUACUGUUAGGUUCUUUUCAAACCCAUAUCUUACUAUACUGUACUGAGCUACACACUGCUAAACUGUGAUAUACUGUUCUGUACUUAACUAUAUAACACAAUACUCACAGAUAGACCCCCCCCCCCCCACAGUGUUGGGAUUCACCCCAAAGCCUUGGAAACCAGUGCUUACAUCAACAGGAAGUAACAUCAAAGUCGUCCCCAGCCCAGACAUGACGCAGGAGGUGAUGACGGUCGGUAGCAGGGGUUCAGCAGCCAAUGGGCUUGUGGCUUCCAGGGUGGAGCAGUACGAAUCCGGGACGGGAGACAGCAACUGCCCUGAGCCUGCUGCUUCACUCUCACCCACUCACCACCGGGGGGCAGCACAGCUGUGGAAACUGCAGGAGAACAAGCCCAGAAAGUUCGGGACAUUGGGGUACCAGGUAACCAACCAACCAACUAACUACCAGAGUAAAAGUAAACAGAAGAAGCACCCUGAAUAUGUGACGCUGGGUAAGGGAUCCUCCCACAAUCCCAAACACAAUCGUGCAAUGCUGCGCAUGGGAAUCUUCAGCCAGGGACCGUCUGAAAAGGACCUAGGCAAGGUGGAGCAGCUGAAGAACAAGCUUGUCUCUUACAGCAUGUUCGGCCUCCCCAGACUGCCGACGGAGGUGGGCUCAAAAUGGGAGAUCAGAAUGGGAGAGGAAACUGGUAUCAGCCUGGAGAGCUCCUGGAAAGACAUUGUGCAGGGACAUGAGACUAUGAGCAAAAAGCAGUCUCAUCUGCAGGAGGCAAUCUGGGAGCUGAUCCACACGGAGCUGACCUACAUGAAAAAGCUGCGAGUGAUCACUGAUUUGUUUAUCUGUGGGAUUUUGAAUCUUCAUUCAGUUGGAUUUCUCACAGAUGUGGAUCCGGAACUCCUGUUCAGCAACAUUCCUCAAAUAAUCUGCGCACACAGAACCUUCUGGCAGGAAGUGAUAUCACCACUGCUGAGUGAAGUGAGGCAAACCAGGAAACCCUUUGACCCUCAGAGAUUGCAUGAUGGCUUCCAAACGUUUGACAAGAGAUUCCAGUCCUAUAUCCAGUACUGUGCUGGUGAGGAGCACUGCAUGGAGUAUGCACGCCAACAGAUGACACAGAAUCAACAAUUCUUGGUCUACGUCGGGUGGGCAGAGACUCACAAGCAGUGCAAUCGGAUGAGACUGAGUGACAUGCUGGCCAGACCCCACCAGAGAAUCACCAAGUACCCCCUAAUGUUGAAAUCCAUCCUGAAGAGAGCUGAGGGCUCUACCACCAGGGACAGCCUGGUCUCCAUGGUCAGCUCUGUGGAGAGUUUUCUUCAUCAUAUAAACUCGCUACUGCAGUACAGAGAGGAGCUUCAGAAACUGUCUGUGGCGGCUGGAAGAAUAGAGGGUUACGAGGUGCUGGAGAGUGCGAGUGAGGAGGUGGACAAGCAUGUUAAGGAAUUCUGUCAACUGGAUCUGACUAAGCCCAUGGUGGGCGUGGGACCUCACCACAUUCGACAGCUUCUAUUGGAAGACAGCCUGAAAAUCCGUGAAGGCAAAGACAGCAAGGUGGAAGUUCAUGCCUUCCUCUUCUCUGAUGUUCUGCUCUUCACUAAACUGAGCAAGAAGAAUGAGACGGCCAAAGUGACGCAGGCUCCAGUACUGAUUGACAGGGCUGUGUGCAGAGCACUGAAAGACCCAGGAAACUUCUUGCUGAUCUGUUUGAACGAGUUCAACUGCGCCAUCGCUGCUUACACCAUCCAGGCAGCGAGCGCUGAGAAGAGCAGGCAGUGGAUGCAGUCGAUCCAGAGUGCUCAGGCUGAUCUGAUAAAGCUGAAGGAGGCAGAGACGCACCGGCGUGAGAAGGAGCUGAGAGAGAUCAUAGGGGAAAUUGAGUCCCAGGUUGUACUCUCCACACAGAACUCCCCAUCACUGUUGCACGGAGCGAGCAAGAGCCAGCAAACAGAGGCCAGGAAUGGAAAGCUCAUCCCCCAGCUGGUGGUAACCAACAGCGAAUCUCAGAACACAACUUUGGCAAAGGUAGAGGGGCAAUCCGAACCCGGGGGUCCCAUUUCUCCCGACCUGGAGGAUCUGGGGAACUUCUCCAGGAACGUGGUGUCUCCGAGAAUCCGCCGGAGGAAACCACUACACACCCCCAACAGGAAGACACCCCUGCAGACGACCUUCGAUCUUACACAGCCGGGUUUAUCAGGACCUGGGACUGGGUCUACAAAUCAGGGUGCCCACUCGCUGCCUGAUUCAAACUCAAACUCUGAUGCAUUUUUUGCUUCGACGGCGCCUGAUUUCAACCAGAGGAACCCAGACCCCAUUUCAAAUCCAGACGUCACAUCCUUGGAGCUGCCCUACUCCAUUCCCGACCACAUGCUGAGGACCCAGCGGUGGCUGUCAGCUUCCAAUCACAUCUCAAACACCCUUUCCCCAUCUGACACUUCCAGGACCCAAACUGAGGUAUCUUAUGAGGUGCCCGAACCUUACUUGUCCCUGAAAUGGCUCUCCGCAGACGAUCUGAGCUCCAACACUGCUGGCUCCUAUUUAAGGACCCAAAGUGACCAUUCUGGUAUCAACAUGUCAAGUUUAGGUGCCCACUCCGUGCCCAAUUUGUUUUCAAGGACCCCAAGGGGCUCAGCCAGGUCCCGUUCAGUGGCAGAUAUCCUCUUGCGGGCUGAGGCUCUGGAGAAGGACUGGAGCAGCCGACAUGGGUCAGAGGAAAGCUUCUCCCUGGCAGGCACCGGAUCCUGGGACUGCAGCAGUGAGCCUGGUGACAAGGACCAGCUCUUGGAGGCCGAGGACCUUGAGUUUGUGAAGGGCCACGCCUACUCGGGGGCCACCGAGAACCAGGACGCACCCUUCGACCCAGAAGAAAUGGAGUACAUGGAGAGACUGCACAACCAGCUUAGAGAUGGACACUCCCCUGUGUUCUUUGAUUCCUCCCCCCCUCAUGGGGUCUGGGUGGAGGGCGAUGCCUCCGAAGGGAGGGGGGGUUUUCUGCCCAGCGAGGAGGUGGUCUGUGAAUCUGGAGAUCCCCGUGCUCACCAGAACGAGGGGGAAAAGGAGAAGGGGGAGGAGGGGGACAGGCGGGGGGGCAGGAGGCUGACUCUCUCAGAGCUGCAGAAGAUCCGUGGCACAGAAUUUGAACAGCACACUGCAUCCUUCUAGAAGACACGUGAGCAACCAAAGUGUAGCUCAAGUAACCCUCCAAGAAAGAAAGAGACUGAAAAAUAUCACAGAUGGAACAUGCUUUCCUGAGCAGACACAUGACUCGAUCAUGAGACUUUUGAACAUACAGAAGAUUUGGAACAUUUUAACUGACAGGACAUUCUGUCAAAAAGCAAUCCUGUAUUUACAACAGCACCAUGGCAUUGCGAAACAUCGACAAUACAAAGCCUUUUUAUUGAUCUAAACAUUUAUUUGAAAAAUAAAUACAGUAGAAGUUAAUUAUACAUUUUUCAGGUUUUACAAUAAAAUAAGUCAAGCAGCUAAGAUAUGUUAGGCUGGUGCCUCCAUCAGUUCAGCAGUGAGUCCCUGUUUGAGCCGGUGCCUCCAUCAGUUCAGCAGUG